UAGACUGUUUAGGAUUCUGUCCAGUGCCGCGAUCAACGCGUCUUGGGUGAAAAAAAAACAUCGCGCCUUUUUUUGUUCUAAAACUUUUUUACUCUGUGUCAGAACUGAAAUUUUCAAAUUUUAAAAUGUUCGCCAAAUUCCUGACCAUUGCGGCAGUGGUAUGUGUUGCUUACGCUGCUGAGAAGGCGGACAAGAAUGGCACUGCCAUCUUCAGAGCCUUUGAAAAUGUGGACCCGAACGACCUUAGCUGCGAUCCUGAAGGACAUAUAUUCCUACUGCUCCCUCACUUUUCCGACUGCUCAAAGUUCUACAUGUGCGCUCAUGGUGAAGAGGUGGAGUUCAAUUGCGCCCCUGGACUUAUCUUCGACUUCCAACUUCAGACCUGCAACUGGCCAUGGGCUACGACCUGCCAGCUGAGGGACCCACAGCAUGGCAUUGGAGAAGAGGGCUCCGGAGACGACAUCAUCGGUCUUUUCGCUGAUGAACUGGAGAAGCAGCCUGUUGAUACUGUAGCCAGUGUAAGACCUAUAUCCCCGAUACUGGGCAGGUACAACGGUAUCAUCAACUGUAACAGAGCUGAUGCUGCAGCCAGACAGGUGCCUUAUAAGGGUGAUUGCCAAAGGUACUGGAGAUGCGUCGCGGGCAUACCACAAGUGGUAUUCUGUUCCGACGGGCUAUUCUUCAACGAAUUCACCCAACAAUGUGAUUUCGAAGCGAAUUCCAAGUGCAUACAGGAACAAGAAGAUGAGUUGAAACAGGAAUUCAUAAAAUACGAAUAAUAAUACAAUAUGGCUGACUUUAAUAUGUGAUACAGUGACAGGCAAACUUUUAGAUUGAACUGUCAAAGUGUUGUCAAAACUCAGCCGACUAUGGUUAUUUGGCUGAAUUUUGACCGGUUUUAAACUUGGUACAGUUUGUUAUUUAAAUACCUAGAUUAUUUAUCUUUUUUUGUACAUAAUGAAUGUUGAGAUAAUA